UACAAAUUGCUCUGAAUUGCUCGAUGUUAGAUCCCGCGAUGGCCAUUCAAAACGCCGCAUGACCAUUCAGGGGUCAUUGCUACUUGUAGUGGAAGCAAGAGGAAGUCUGAAGAUGAAGUGAAACGAAGAGAUUAGGUCAUAUCUAAUCGAGGUGGUGCAUACCAGAGCUCAAAAGUAGGUAUUGGAAGAAGAAGAGGAGGAAAACAAGAGCACAUUCACAAUUCUACUGAGAAGACUGUGACAGUAGAACAUGCUUUUAUAGCACAUUGCACUUGAAGCACCUCAGAAGCCUUUGUAGGAAUCAAAACCUUCUGGUACCCUGAGAGUUGCUUAUUGAGGAUGGGCCUCAAGGCAGAUUCUACCAAUGUGGGUUGCAAAGUUCUACCAAUAUGUGAUGCUGUGUCGACCGCCUCCAAUGGUGGAGAUAGCAGCGAUGGCUCCGACAAAGAAGUUCAGAAGGGCGAGCGAAGGAGGGCAGUUUCUCAUAUGAAGGAGCUGCUUAAAUGGGCUGCUGCCGCCAAGUCCCAUAAAAGUGGAAGCAGGGGAUGGAAGCUCUCGUACUUCCGAAACAGAGUUCGCCAUCCUUCGGUUGAGGGCAGCUGCUCGACUUCAAAUCUUUCAGGUAAUUUGCGGAGUUCAGAAUAUGAUGCAAAUAUGUUGGCCAGCCCAAAGUCCGAAGAGUACGUGAGGCCUGGACGUUGGAUAACUACAGACUCUGACUUUGUGGUGCUAGAACUCUGAAGCGAAGCUGUAGAAGUCGGAUAGCUUCGAUCGAUCCUGCUUUGAGAUCCUUGCGGCCUUGAUCAAACUGAUAAAUUACUUGGAUUUUCAAUUUCUUGGGGAAGAGCAAUAUAAUUGUGGACAUGUAGUAACCCACUUGGUGAUCCUGUUUACUUCCCAAUGAUGGAAAAAUUUCAUGAGUAACUAAUUUUUAUGC